AUGGGCUCGAAGCUUUUAAACAUCGAUGAGGAAUAUGUUGAAGGCAGCAAGGGGCGUACGAAAUCGUCGGCCACCACCAUAUUCAAAUUCCAAUAUGGUUCUCAAUCUGGUUUCUCCGCCAUCACCAUCAGAUGUAAACUACGAUAUGGUUCCCUCUUCUCCCUUCCUCUGGUUCCAAAUUCUCCCUUCCCUUCAUUUCAUCGAAGCCACCACCAUGAUUUUCUGGAAAUAGGUUGUCUUGUUGUCCACCACUUCAAGGAACCCGAACCUUCCACAAAUCAUCACAUUUUUUUGCUAAAAAACAUGGGUCGCUCAAGUCGUACACUCUAUGUGGGUAAUCUUCCUGGUGAUAUUCGUGAAAGAGAAAUCGAAGAUUUGUUUUACAAGUAUGGACCCAUUGUUGAAAUCGACCUGAAAAUUCCUCCUAGACCCCCUGUUUUUGCCUUUGUAGAGUUUGAAGAUCCUCGUGAUGCUGAAGAUGCGAUCCGUGGACGUGAUGGCUAUAAGUUUGAUGGUCAACGCUUACGAGUUGAACUUGCACAUGGUGGGAGAUCUUCAUCCUCCAUAGAUCGCCACAGCAGUGGAGGUGGUAGCCAUGGUGGACUAUCAAGGCGCACCGCCUAUCGUGUUUAUGUGACCGGAUUACCAUCUUCUGCUUCAUGGCAAGAUCUGAAGGAUCACAUGCGUAAAGCUGGUGAUGUUUGUUUCUCUCAAGUUUUCCGUGAUCGUGAUGGCAUGAGGGGGAUUGUGGACUAUACAAACUAUGAUGAUAUGAAAUAUGCGGUAAGGAAGCUUGAUGACUCACUUUUCCGGAACCACUUCUCCAAGGCCUACAUACGGGUGGAGGAGUAUGAUAGAAGACACAAUGAGUCUAGGAGCCGAAGCCCAACUCCAUAUUCUUCAAGAAGCAGAAGUCCAAGUCGCAGCUACACCUCUGACAGCAGAAGCAGAAGUUAUUCUCCUAAGGAGAAAUACUCCCGCAGGUCUCGAUCUAAAUCUGCUUCAAGAUGUGGAUUCCACGGCGUUCUUGUGGAUUCUUGAUGGAAUUUUGGGCGCAAACUUCGCUUUUAUCCACUAAACUUGAUAAGAAAAAGAUCUCCAUCAAGAUCGCCUACACCACCAUCAUCUACUCAUCGCCAUGGUGGAGAUAGGAGCCCAAGUCGAAGCAUAUCUGGUUCUCGUUCACCAUCGGUGAGAUCUGAUUAGAAGUCAAAGGUGCAGGAGAAGAUGCUUGAAGAUGAAAUGAUGACGUGGCGUUAUUUUGUGUGUUUACUUGCAAAAUUAAAAGAUGUAAACAUAUUUAAACUUUAAGAGCCAAAUGUGGUUUACUUUGUGUGACGUGUGUUGUAUCAUGACAAUCUACUAUGACUAAAAGAGCAUCUUGUGUAUUAACGUCUACCAAAAAAAGUCCUAAAACAACCAUCAUGAAACUUGAUAAGGCAAUCAAGAUCCGAUUUAAUCGGAGUUGAAUGGGAAUAAUAUAAAAU